AUGGAGCAUCCACUUAGAUGCAAUGUAAGAGAGUGCCGGAGGGAGGUUGGGCAACAGGCGUUAGUCACUACUUGCAGCUCAUACUCUGAUGAUGUGAAAAGUCACAUAUUUUGCGUCGAGUGUGCCGCCAGACAUGGUCUCUCAGGCCCAGUCUCCGACCGUCAGAGAAAAUGCCCAGCCUGUCGGACUGGGCUCCAAGGACCAGAUGACGCUGUCCUGGCCAAUUUGAACUUGACCGAGGAUUACAAAACUAGUGUUCUGAGUGGACUGAGUCCAACUGUAGUCAUGGAAUGCACCGGGAGAGCGUUGAGCUUCUGGGCAUACCAAACAAGCCAAGAGGAGUGCAUUCUCGACUAUAGUGACUUGCGCAGGAAGUAUGAAGAGCUGGGGAAGCUUUACAAGGACAAGUGUCACAGACUUAACCAAGUUCAGGACUUGUACGACAAGGUCAAGCAGAGAGUCGAAAUGGGCCAAGUCGAGGCUGCCGCAUCAGAUGCCGUCGACUUCCAGCUUCUUGGUCCAGGUCGAAACACAACACAGGAUCUCUGCGAACAUCAACAGGAGCCUACAUACCUUGAUCCCCAACGCCACGCGGGUCCGAUUAGGGUCUACAGACAGUAUAGCUCCGUUGCGUCUCGGGAAGAGGAACCGUGGUCCAGGCCUGGCCCUACCCCCGUGGGUAUACCGCAAACCCCACGCGGAGCAUCCAAAGGACAAAGUUUCGAUAGUGGCCGUGCUUAUAGGCUGUCAACGGCAUCCAGACUGCCUGCUGGAACGCCAUUAACCCGUGGGUUUUCUAACCCCCAUAAUGGUUACACAGCCCAACGAAAUCACGCCUCAGUACGGAGCCGCGGAUUGGGGGUUGGCCUGUCUGCUGGGAUUAGGGCCAGCCAGACUGGUAACGAACCAGCGGAGCCUAGAGAAGUCACACCACAUCACAAAGCCGUCCAGUUCUGGUCCCUUCUGCUUGCGGACCCCUGA